CUGUACACUUUUCGCGACCCGGCCGUUGCAUCCUUGCUUCAACUUCACAACGUCCCGUCGUCGCCCUCAGCAUCUACACCCGGAGCGCUGCUCCUCGUAUCACACAUCAUCGUUCCCGUUGUCGCCCGCCGCGUCGACAGCAUCAUCAAUAUGGAUGCCUCAGAGAACUCGUUCCGAACCUCAGUCAUCCGACCCCCGAGCAACCUUCCCCGACCCGGUAUCUCUUCUGGCCUCGGCCUCUCGGAAAUGAGCGAAGCGCAAAAUAACUCGCGCGCGCAAUCGUCCAUGAUACCGCCGCCAGGCGCGAGAGUCGGUUCGCUCGCAGACCUCAAGCGCAAUGUUCCCCAGCCAGCGCAAAUAUCAGACCCGAAACACAGAAAGACCCUCGCCGACAGGGCAGUCGAAUACCCGCAGAAGAACAACACAACGGCAGCCACGUCUGGCCUCUCGAGGUCAACCUCAGUGCGAGGGCAGACUAUUUCCUCGCCAGCCCGGUCGUUUGCGAUGGAGUCGUCCGUCACCCGAGCCGUCCCGCUCGUCGAUGUCUUGCGAAUCACCCACUGGAUAUGCCUUCAUCUCUGCCGCGCCUCGCGAUGGAUGUUGCGUACGGUCGCCCUCGCGGCUCCGCGGCUUUCGACCCUGCAGAAGUUGCUGCUCGCCUUCUCUUUUCAUUCCAACCAGAUCGACUGGCAUCAGAAGGAGGGCCGAUCCAGCACGCCGCCACCUAACCGUCGACCCCGAGCAAAGUCUCCAGCUCCCUUGACCUAUUUCCGCAGCGCAUCCGGAAGCCUCCAAGUCUGGCUCGGCAUGCAAAACGCUAGCGGCAGUACCCGAGGCCUUCAGCUUUGGCUGGGCGCGGAUAUGCAUCAAGGGACCGGCGAACCGUGCAUCGCGGACAUCACGGACGAUACGGGGGACAGGGAUGAGCUGCUUUCUAUCAAAGGCCCUUCCACACUUAACCGACAGAAAUCGACAUCAGCAGUUUCGCGAUAUAACUCCAACAACACCAACUUCUCCGCCAGCGUCGGUCCCGGCAGACAUGAACGGUCAAAGUCUUCGCUGUCCAACACCCGGUCGGCUCAUGCGCAGUCGGUUUCCGGAGGUCCGCGGCCCCGAACCCAAAACGCGAUGAACAGGCCUCGCACGGCGCACAGCAAUCGAGUAGAGGACGACUUUGAUGGACCAAUGGCACAACAGCACGGUACGGCCAAACAAUCUCAGCGACUGAAGUUUCAAGGCGCUUUAGAUUUUUCUUUGAACAAGACUCAACCCAGCAACUCAGCACCCCAGAUGCCGUGUCGUAGAGAAGUCUCUCUCAGCAGCCGGUUUGGUGCACUGUCCAUCAAGGACGACACCAGCACGGACUCGACACAAGAUGAAGAUCAAGUGGUUUUCAGCAGCCAAGAGAACAGCAUCAGCUCCAUGACGACAGCAGCGAGCACCACGCAGGUGGCGGACAACGUCACGAUGCGCGGCUCACGCAGACUCGCCAUGAAACCGCCGGAGCUGUCGCCGAAGAAGAGACAGGCCAGUCGCAUGACCGAACCAGUCACCCCUUCGCCAGACUCUAAGCGAGUGAGAGCCGACAUGAACGAGCUCGAAGACGCCAUUCUGUCGAUCAAGGCUUCCAGAUCCCCAGCCAGAUCCCCUUCUCCUAACAAACUCAUGUUCUUAACUAAAGAUUCUAACUUGACUCAAUUCGCAGCCUGGGAUGUCGAAGGACGAUUGGGCGAGCUCGACUCGCAAUUCAAAAAGGUGCAGGACUCGAUGAACAGCAUGAUUACCGAUAAGGAGUUGAUGGACGAGCGCGUCGCCAUGUUUAAGAAGAGAAUAUCCGAACUCGAAGCCGAACGAGACAAGUUCGCAGACCGCAACGAGAGCUUGCAGACGGAGCUUAACAGCAUGCGAGAACAGGUUUCCAAGUUGACGAUUGAAUCAGAGACGGAAAAACGAAGUCACAAGUAUGAGCUAGAGGAUGAAGCCCGUAAGCGACGCCACGAGGUGGAUGAGUUGCGACGCGAACUGCGGGAUGAGGUCGCGCGACAGGAGAAGAGCCAGAGCGAGGCCUUGGCCGCACUCGAGCGACACUACAAAGUCAUGCUCGAUGAUGAGCGCAGCAAGCAAGAGAAGGAGGUUGAGAAUCUCCGAAUGCGCCUCGGAAACGAACAGCAAGACCUGCACCUCAGCCUGCAGAAGAAGGACCGCGAGGUAUCGGAAAUGCGAGCGGUCAUCGAAGGUCUCAAGGGCGACCUGGACCGCGAGCAGAGCCUGAAGAAGGGUCUGGAAGCGACAAUCACGGAGCUUUCGUCCUCCAACCACCAACUCCAAGGCAGGAUCAACUCCCUCGCCGGUCAAGUCGACUACCUUCAAUCCGACAGCAAGGCGCAAUCAGAUUCGUACACCCAGAUGGAGGCGAGAUUGCAAGAGGCGCUUCAGGCCGCAGAGUUUGCCCAGGAAAAGCUCAUCAAGGAGGAGACGGAGCGUCGCAUUCUCUUCAACAAGUACCAGGAACUCAAGGGCAACAUCCGUGUCAUGUGCAGAGUGCGACCCGUCCUGAGCUCGUCCGAAGGCUUGCCUGCCCAAGUGACGUUCCCAGACGACAAGACUUCGGCGGAAAUCGCUCUUGCGGGACCCGAAGAGACCAACAGCAUCUCCGGCAAGGUCACGAGGAAGAACUACAACUUUGAGUUUGACCGCGUGUUCGACCCCAGUGCGCAGAACCAAGACGUGUUCGACGAGAUCUCGCAGCUCGUGCAGAGCGCCCUCGAUGGAUACAAUGUUUGCAUUUUCUGCUACGGCCAAACCGGUUCCGGCAAGACGCACACCAUGUCUUCGCAAGACGGCAUGAUCCCGCGAGCAACACACAUGAUCUACGACACGGUCACGAAGCUGAAGGAGAAGUCGUGGUCGUACAGGAUGGAGGGCUCGUUCAUCGAGGUUUACAACGAAGAGCUCAACGACCUGUUGACGCCGAACAGCCGCGAGUCGGGUGGCAAGGAGCGCAAGCUCGAGAUCCGACACGACGACAUGCGAAAGCAGACGACAGUCGUCAACUGCAAGACGGUGUCCCUGGACUCGGCCGACACGGUGGAGAUGAUGCUCGACGAGGCGUCGAAGAACCGGUCCGUCGCGGCAACCAAGGCCAACGAGCGUUCCUCGCGCUCGCACAGCGUCUUCAUCCUCAAGCUUGUCGGGUUCAACUCGGCAACGGGCGAGCGCUGCGAGGGCACGCUGAACCUGGUGGAUCUCGCGGGUUCGGAACGCCUCAAGCACUCGCAGGCGGAGGGCGACAGGAUGAAGGAGACACAGAACAUCAACAAGUCGCUGUCGUGUCUCGGCGACGUGAUUGAGGCGCUCGGCAGGGGAAGCGGACACAUUCCGUACCGCAACUCGAAGCUGACUCACUUGCUGCAAUACUCUCUCGGGGGUAACAGCAAGACGCUCAUGUUUGUGAUGGUUAGUCCGUUGGAGACUCAUCUCAAGGAAACUCUGACUAGUUUGCGAUUUGCUACUAAGGUUCAUAAUACCCAUAUUGGCACGGCGAAGGCGACGAAGAAGGUGUAA